UAAAAGCGAGAGAGAGGGGGAGGCAGAGAAAGAGGAAAAGAGAGCAGUGAAUUCGCGAGUUAUUGGCAGCGAGAGAGUACGCGUGAGUAGUACGGAGCAGCAGAUAUAUACUCCAUAUCGUGCGACGUGCAUUGUGCGUCUCUCGCGGAAAUACCCGGAGAAGUUAGGGGGCUACCCGUAAGCGCGCGGCCGUUCACGCGCCUGGUUGCCCGCCCGCUCGCUCGCUCCGUACGCGCGCGAGAGAGAGAAAGAGAGAGAGAGAGAGAGAGAGGUUCGCCGUCGUCCUCGCCGUGGUGCCGUACGCACGGAUAACAACGCGCGGGGCCUCGCGAUCACGCUCGUCAACUCUCGCUUUCGUCGCCAGCUCCGAUUGGACGUCGGGUCGCCGUCGUUGUCCCACGGUGGUGUCCGAUAUCUCCCACGUCUGCCACGGCGAAUGUGGAAGCUCAACGCCGCGUUACGGCUGCCGUGCCACCGCCGUCGUCGCUGCCGCUACUGUGCAUCUUAUCGUGCGCCCGCGGUGUCGUCCAUCGUUUGUCCGCGCCGCUGGAGGAUUUCGCCGACGGGUAUCAUCGCGUGGCUGUGAAACGGUUCUCGUACGCGGGGAUCUGAUUGUCAUCCCGAUUGUGCGGUGCCCUCGGAGAACAAGAACGAGAAGUAGAGAGAGAGAGAGAGAAGAGGGAGAGAGAGAGAAAGAUAGUGCGAGCCGGAGAAGAAGAGGGAGUGAGAGAGAGACGGCCAGAUAGAGGGAGAGAAAACGAGAGAGAGAGGCCGCCCGCUGGUUGUCCGCUCCGUUGCACCACACUUUCCUCCCACCCAAGUGGUAUCAAUGUUGUCUGGCAAUGGUGUGUAAGGAGAACGUGGUAUCAUGGUUUGGGAAUCUGUCCAGUUAUAAACGUAUCGAUGUAAUGUGCACAUUGCUGAACAUGUGCUUGCCGUUUGAAGUACGAUACCUCGGCACGUGCGUCGAGGAUAUCGGUAAGCGGGACUACAAUGACCUACGUGAUACAGAACACCAUGCAAACAGCGUCUCAGAGCUGGCGGAGUUGACAACUGCCAGCGUGACAGAUAAACGCACGCGGAGAAAACUGGCUCUCUAUAUGGCAUUAUUGCACUCGUGCAACUACGCCUGUGCGGUAAUCCUGUACAAGAAUUUGGCGAACUUCGACCCUCAAGAGGUCACUAACCUGUUGAAUGGGACCACCUUUAACGUGGACGACCAACCUCUGGAAGAGUUGCUCUUGCUGUAUACGAUGGCACUGAAUCAUCCGGCCUUCACAUACGAGCAAAAGAGCGUAUUCGGCAACAUAUUUAUCAAGCUCCAGGAAGAAGAAGCUCGUCUGAAUCUUAAGAUGAACUCUUCUUUCAAAUCAACACAAUUUAAAUUUAUGCAGGGCUGUACACCGUGCAUGAAUACAAACGAAAGAUUAAUGGAGCCUGAGAUACCAGGUAGCUGUUUAAUGCCGCCACCGCCAAUGCAAUCUUAUCAUGGAGAAAUGGGGAUGAGGAAUAAUACUAUGGUCACUGGAGUACCACCUGGUCUUACGAUACCUCCACCAGGAUUAUGUUUGCCUGGUCCAGAGCAAAUGCCUAUGGGAUCCGGCGGUACUACGCAAUUCGUUCAACUUGGUUUUCCAUCCAUGAACCAUAUGCCUCCUUGGACAAGUCCGGUUAUGAUGGGAAACCAGCUGAUGUACCAUCCCAGCGAUGUGUUAGCUUAUCCUCCUUCCCCCUUAGUCAGUCGCCAAUCCUCGCCAUCCCAGUCACGAUCUCCUAGUCGAAGUAACUCGCCGAUGGGUCGCGGCAGGACUAAUGCUAACUCGCGCGUCUCGUCCUCGCAAUCUACCCAAUCCACCUCGACCAGUCUCACAUCGUCGAGUGUCUCAAAUAGCCAAACGAGCAGCUCUAUUUCAAACACUACUAGUAACAGCAGUAACUCCCUGCCACCUCUACCAACACCCGGCGCGAGCAGAAGUCUUCCUAGUCAAUCGCCGUUACUCCCAUCAUCGCGAUCCGUUCCUCUGUCUAACACGAGCUCGUCGGGUUUCUCUCGACAUAACCUCGACAACGCUCAAUCGUCUACUCUGAUCUCGGCAACUCAAUCAAAACAGCCCCCACCACCACCACGACUUAGAUCAUCCAAUUCCGGCGAUUCCCUUCGAGAGACGCUGGGUAAAGAGAUGCCAAAUUAUAAGGGCAAUCUGCCGAACUUCUCUCGCGAGGAGAUCAGAAGAUUGAGUGACGAAGACUUAAGGGACAUUGGCUUGACACCAAACGCAGUGGGACAGUUGAGGAAUAUAGUUAAAAGUCAAACUAGUAAUGGCUUAAAUCAGAUUUCAACAGAUAAGAAGCUGGAUAGCGGAAGCAGCUCACAUUUACUUGCCGAAUCAAUUGAAAAUGAGGCAUCAGGCACGGAGGUUUUGGGUGAUUCAAGCAGUAGUACAAGCGGGAAAUCAAUGCCAUUACACGAACAGCAUCCGGCAAUGCAUCCAUAUCACAUGACUAUUCCACAUCUUCGACGGUGGAAUACUGGCACGCCGAUAGAUUCCACGCAUGGAGUGUAUCCUGCAUCAACGCAAGUGUAUCAGAACUUACCGUGUUAUUGUCUCACUGGACCAGUACCAACUGGAAUGCAAAAUCGAUUUUUAAAAUGUAAUGCUCCGCAAAUGUAUUGCCAAUUGCAACUGCAGGCGCUACGACUUGAGGACAAUCGGCAGGGUUCUCAAAGCAGCAGUUCCGAUAGUACUGAUAGUAGAUCGCCUCCCGAGACGCCACCGGCUGCGCCAUGGGUCAGUGGCAGCGGCGGCGGUGACAAUAAUGUCGCGCCGCCUGUUACUGAUCACAUAAGUUCCGCGCCGGUGCAUUCUACGGCGACGGCACCGUCGCAUGUCGUGUCAGCACCUCAGCAGUCGUCAAUGCAAUCAUCAGUACCACCGGAGAGCAGGCAACUUACCAGAAAGAAUUCGCAGACACGCCCAAUGCGACAGAAGAGUCAGGGAAUACUGAACGGGGCCGGUAACGGAAACGGCGGACCGCCGAGUUUAUCGCAUUGCGUCUCCUUUCCGGCGCCACCGACACACUCGCAGUUCACGUAUCUGCCGCACGGCCAUUUCCCAGCGAUACGGCCCAGUAGCGGUAUUUAUUCCAACUUCUUGCACGGACCAUCACGACCAGCGUAUCAGCCAGCGUAUCAACCGAACGGCGAGAUUAUGUAUCCGUAUACAGCUCAUCCCGUGUCCGGUAGUACUCCACCGCCGCCACCGAACGCGGCUGCCGCGGCGUCAGUACAAGCGUCAUACAUGCCACCUACGUCGGUGGUGACGUAUGCAGCGGCGGUAAUACCACAGACAAAGAUUUCCUGUUAUAAUUGCGGCAGUAACAGUCACCUCGCGGUAGACUGCAAGGACCAGACGAUGGAAGACAUUACGAAGAAAGCCCAAUACCGACUGGAUUAUACGAUAAUGAAGCAGCCUGGGGAGUGCCCGAGUUCCGACAAGUGAUCCCCUGCCAUGGACCACUCUGCUACCACUCGUCACAAUUCUCACCACCACUGUAACCGCAACUAUUGCCAUCAUCGUCAUCACCAAUAUCACCAGCGCUAUCAUCUUCAUCAUCACCGUUACCAUCACUAUCACGAUCACCAGCACAUCUGCCAUUGUAACCACCAAUACGCCAAUGCAAACCGAUUUAAGGACAAGAUGUUGCGAGAUGACAACCGCUACCGUUCCUCCUUUCGCUUUUCGGUAAUUUUUCUAAAUACCUUAUUCUACAAUCAGCGUGAUGAUGAUGAUACUAGUGUGAAUACCGAUGCUAAUAAUGACGAUGUCGAUGACGCUAAGUACGACGCCAAGUACGACAAUGACAGCGACGAAAUUUUUCUAACUGAGAAUAUUUCGCGGUUUAUGGUACGGGGUAUAUCUUUUGCAAGUUCUUAUGUAUGAUAGUGAUUGAAAAGUGAUCUAACUAAAUGUAACAUAUAAUGUAGUAGUAUUGUACAAAGAAAGAGCAAAAGCGAAACGAGAAAUAAUUGAAAGAUCGCGUUAUAUAAUACAAUGUCUUGUCUGUGUUUCUUUUACUGCAGGACACGUUUCGAGAGAUUUUUGGGUUUAAAAUAGUGACUCAUGUUACUGUUGUGACGUUUAUCGGCUACAUAUCGCUGUGACUCCCAUCUUAGCAGUGUUUCUAUUUUUUUCACCCUAAAUUCUCUUAACGAGUAGCCAUAAAAGAAACGCAAAGGAAACGGGUAAAAAAAACGUAUUGUGCCCCAAACAGAGAUGGAAGCGAAAAUUAUACGAGAUUCGACUAUAUUUAGCAAUCGAUACUUUAACUUUUAAUCUACUAUGUCUACACUAUUACUAUUAAACUAUAAUUAUUACUACUAUCGCCGUUGCGUCACGACGUUUUUAUGUACAUAUAUUUUUCUCAACUCUUACGUGCGCGAUGAACCGAUAAUGACAUGUGAAAAGAAAAAAAGCGUGUAAUAUAUAUGAAAUAGUAUACAGAGUACGUCUGUUGUGUGCGAUGUGUGUGCGUGCAUGUGUUACGUAUGUGUGUACGCGCAAAGAAAAUAGAAUGCGAAAGGCAGAAAAAAAAAACGAGAAAACGAUAAAAAGGGAAGAAAAAAAGUAGCAGGGAGAGAGAAAAAUGAAAUUAGUGAAGGAACAACGUACCAAAAGUGUUCGAUUAUCUAGCUGCCGUUGCGCUCCUCUGUGUGUGUUUGUUUCGCUUAUGUGUGCGUGUGUGUAUGUGCGUGCAUGCGUGCGUGCGUUUGUAGUAAAAUCAUGAAAUAUAUGUUAUAUAUAUUCUAUAUAUAAUAUAUAUUUUGUAAUUAUACAUAUGUAUUUGCUGCUCACAACUUGUUUCUUAUCUUGUACUUGUAGUUAGACGGCGAUUCUCAUAUUAUUUAUACACGAGUAGUCAUGCGAUUGCACGUGCAUUUGAAACGAUUUUAUACGACUUUUAUCGAUUGCCCAUGUAUUUGAGCGUAAUCAACGUUAAGCUUUUUUACGCGUUUGGUUGCAGCAAUUAAUGUGUUAAGCGUGGUUAACUAAAUCCUCUGUACAUUUGUAUUUAUCUAUAUUAUGAAACUGUUAUUUAAAAUAGAAGAAUCGCGCUGUCUUAAAAACUGCAAAUUUUUAAGAGGCGUAUUUUCAUGACGCAAAUUUCAGGGUAUCUUCAAAUUGACUCAGCAAAAUAUAUAAGUAUGAUAUAUUUUACACUCUAAAUCUAAAGUUUUGUGUCAGUUUUUCCACCCUUUUUUUUAGAACAUCACCUAUAUAAAACAAUAGCAUUUGUUUAGUUUUAAGCAAAAUACCCAGCGUAGCAUACUACAUAUUUUGUGACGCAAGUUUCUAGACACGUUUUUCUUCUGAUUUAUAUUGUUACAUCUGUUAUGCAAACAUUGAUCUUGUUUAGUACGUUGAGAAACGAAAUGGAUUAGUUAACCAAAGCUGCAACACUGUUGAUGCAAUGGAUUCUUAGGGAGCAACGCAGGGUAAAGCUGAAUAUGAGUGUAGUGACAGCCCGCUAGCAAAAUUGCUAGUUAAAAUGAUCAUUCGGAUUUUCAUCAGCGAAUGCGAAACAGCUCGAACCCUUUGUAUAUGGACGAACUUUUAUGGUUGAAUCUUAAAGACGAAAGCUCUCCUCCUCACAGAAUCAUAUAUUUUCUUGUACGAACGGUCGUAAUAUGCAAAAAAGUGAUUUUUGAUUAAAAAAAAAUGUAAAAAUGAGAGAUGAUAGAUAGCAAUGAACAGGAUAGUUGGAAAAUAUAUUACGUAGAUGAAGAGAAAAAUGGAGGAAAUUGUGCUAUUUGUAAGAAAGUUACGGGAACGACUAAAAUGCUAUUAUAUAGCGUUGAUAAGCCAAAUCGGACAUUCUCUGAAGGAUAUUUAAUAUGUUCUCAUAUUUAAUUUUUUUAAGUAAUUAUCAAACUCUUUAUUAUUAUGGCAAGGUGUUAUUGAUUAAAAUAAAAUUCUAUUGUUUAUCAUGGUAAAUAUCAAGUUAAAUAAAUUUUGUGUAAUAAAAUAAUGUAUUUGUUCGAUUAUUAGAAGUUGCUAACAAAAAUCGCUUUUUCUAGUUGUGCAAGUAGUAGAAAUAACACAUUGUUGUUUCAUGUUAGUAUCAUUGCGAUUUCCAUAUAAAUAUAAAGGAAUAAAUACAAACAAAUUAAUAAAAUGUCCGGUGAGGCUUUACGAUUUGAAAAUAAGCUGCAAAGUUUUUUUGAAUGUUUGAUUUGUGACAAUUUAUUUUUUUCAUUAUAUAACUGAGUUUUUUAUUAAAUAUAACUUAAGAAUGUAAUUAAGAAAAACGAAUUGCUUGAAAAUCAAGACAUUAUAGAGAAAAAGUUAUUUCAUAUUGAAUAUUAACAGUUUUUGACAAAUUUGACCUGUGAGGAAUGCAAGAAAAAAGAAAUUUUAACAUAUACAUUUUUAAAAAUAAAGUUUACUGUCACCAAGAUUACCUAAUAUUAAUUAAUGAAACGAAUAAUAUACAAUUUCACUUGAAGCAUUUAUUAAAAAAAGAUUAAUUCUUUACUCACGUUAUUCUGCAUUCAUUACAAGUCUGGAAGAAAAAUCGAUUAGAUAAUUCUUUCACAUAUUUGUUACAUACUUUGCACUAAUUGUUUUCCAUAGUUCUCGUGUGCAGCAUUUUUUUCGCAUUCGAGUAAAUUUCUGCGAGAAAAGAUCAAUGGCCGAAAUAUUGUUCCUGGAAAAAUGUUGGCCCUAGCUUGUUUGUUACUAAAACCAGCCCCGAAUUAAUAUUAAAAGGGUUGACGAUUGGGCAUUAGAUAUUGCAGUUCCUGUUACUGUUAAAAAUUACAAGAAUGUUAGAAGAGCGGCUGUCGUAUAUGUAUAUACAAUUGCUAGAAAGGUUGACAAAAAGGGCUUGAUCUUCGCGGUUCUUUAUUUCUUUUUUCAUACAAUUACACAUCCGAAAUAAAGCCGAUCAUCGAUAUGUUUCGACACUGAUUUAAAUAAUUUUUACCUUUAUUUUGAUUGUGUUUUUUGACAUAAUUUUAAGGCUGUAUUUUGAUUAAUCCAAGUCGUUUCGACAGAAAAAUUUUUCUAAUUAAGCAAGCUAAGAGCACAAUGGCUGGAAAAUGAAAGGAAAGAGUACAAGACUCUAUCAAAUAAUAUCAAGGUUACUAGUUAAAAAUUUGAUAGGGGUCAAAACAAUCGCUUUGACUUCUCGAGUGUUAAGACAAGUUGAUUACGUCCGUUGUUAAAUAUAUAUCAACAAAAUGUGUCGAACGAAAUUUGUAUAGCGACUGUGAAUAAUACAUAUUACUGUUCAUAAGUUGUGAAUAUGGAUGAAUUAAAAAAAAAGUUUAUAGAAAAGAUGAAUCAAAAAGAAAAACUCACGAGAUACUCUAGAUUAGAUUACGCAUUUGUCACAAAAAUGUAAAGGGAGUACAAGAUGUAUAGUAAAAAAAUAAUAAAAUUAUAAAUAAAAGAAAAAGAUUUAGAACUUUAAGAGCGUACUCUUCUAAAGGAAUAAGAAAGCCUUACGUUUAAGUGCGUACAGCUUAUUGUUAGCAUGUAUUUAAUCUUUCGCAAAUACUUAAAUGUAAUUAUAUUCCUGUAAACUUAAUUAUAUUAUUGGAAAUACUUAAAUGUACUUUAUAUAUCGACUAA